AUGUCCCAUGUCAAACAUGUUUAUCGCAUGCUCUCCUUGUCUCUCCUGCUCUGCACUGCUGUGGCACCACCACCCCAGGAUGCAUGCGAAGGAGCUCUGUGGGGAUCAGCUCACUGCUCUGGGCCCGAGGCAACCAAGUUUUCCCACGAGGUCUGCACGCGACCAGGCAGGCCAGUCAUGCUGCUCCUUGAUAGCACCUUCGGGGACCUCCAUGGCCUGUGCGGAUGCUCGAUGAGAGAGGGCUUCGGUACGUGCACGACUCAAGACUCUGCGGCAGCCUACACCGACGACCUCCGCCCUCAUGACUGGAUUGUUUUCGGUCUUGUGGAUCGGCCGGAGUUCGAGAUCCGCCAUUCAAGUUGUCCAUUCCUCGCGAGCAAGUCUCAGGGCGUGCAGAACAGAUCUGGAGACGUGGUUGUGGAUGUAAUCUUGUACACGGAUAGAGAGCUGCAAAGAAAUCUUCGCCGGUUCGACUCCUCCUCCUCCUUCUUUGGGCAGUGGAGCUCCUCGUUGCCGAGCAUACGGCUUGAGAAUGCGUUGCAUGCAGCAUGGAUCUUAGAGCCUCCAGUGAUUCAUGCAGGGCCCUACACCUUCAUCGAGAACAACUAUUCCAAGUUCGACCUUGUCUUCACACACAAGCAAGAGCUGAUUGCGAAACUUCCCAACGGGAUGGGGCGAUAUGCACCCAUCGCAACAUCUUUGAUCCAUGCGGAUGCAAGGAAGAUACACAACAAGUCUCGUCUUGCUUCGAUGUUGGCAAGUGCAAAAUCACAUGCUCCUGGUCACCAAGUCAGGCACAAGAUCGUCGAGAGACAUUGUGGACAGAAGAUCGGAAGAAAGGAGGGGUUGGAUACGUUAGAGUGUUUUGGGCAGACUGUGCUGGAGAUGUUCGAUUCGAGGGGGGUCAUUUACAUUGAGGACAUAGAAAAAGCCGAACUUGUGCUAGCCAGUCUGUCGGCAGAGCUCUACGAUGAAAUGAAGGAGGGCGUCUCCGCCAACUUCGAACUUGCGAAGAAAUAUCUCGAUCCUCUCGGAUGGAUCUGGAAGAAUGGACUGGAGGAGGUGGUGGGAAGGAGGCGAUCAGGUAGCACUACUGCUCCAUCGAGUUUGCUAUCUGAGAAUCAGUCAGAGAGGUCUGAAGUUCAAGACCUACGGCCGGGAAGAGAAGACGAGGAGCUACCACAGCAGACGGACCGGCUCUGCUCUCGACCGGAGGAAGAGGAGGCGGUCAUUGAAGUUCGAGUGGUGGCCACGAAAGCCGGGAAAGAAGACUUGCUGAGAUGCUUGGAGAGCAUCGCCAGUCAAAAUUUUUGUGGCCGAGUCAAGAUUGUCUUGUCUCAUACUCAGGCUCAAUUCGACCAGCACGGAUCUGAGUUGUUCUAUCAGUCUCUACAACUUGUGUUCAUCAACUCCUCGUUUGGUUUUGACCUCUUCCCCUCCGUUGUGCCCCACGAUUAUCAAACCGCUCGAGCCCUUGAGGAGUCGGUGUCGAUCGCCGAUGAAGGUUCAACCUUCCAGUGGGUCCUGUGGAUCGAUGCGAGGGACUGGAUGGCCGACAGAAAUUUGUUCCACAGCCUCCAGCUCGCCCAGGAGGACGGGUGCGAGGUGAUGCUGGCAGGCUGGAAGCGCUUCCCUCUGCCGGUCGAGGACCCGACAGCAAGGCUGACGGAGGAAGAGGAGCGCGAAAGUAUCCUGCUCAACCAGUUCAGGAAGAUCAUCGGCCACAGGAUCUUGCAAGGAUCUGUUCCUCUCCCCGCGUUCGCAGCAUCUCGGCGCAUGCUCAAGACCGCCUUCGACGAGAGCUUGUCCAGUUACGUGACAAGCCACGGCAGCAUCUUGCAGGACUGGGACUUCGCACCGUACACAGUGAGGCUACAGGAGAUCGCGGGUGAAAGGCAGUGCAUCGCCAAGAGCGACCCGCUAGUCCACUCAGAAUUCGCGUCUCGUCGGGUCUUUGCCGCACUGAGCAGGGAGAUCCGAACGGCGCUAGGUGCCUUCUUCUCGGACAUUCCUCCUGCUCGCUCCCAGAUCCUCGGACGGAUGCGCCCCUCCCUCAGAGCGAGGGCUUGCGAGCGUAGCUCGUCUACCCUUAGCUGGGGUCACGUCGCUGGCCUCUGCGACAGGAAGGAGAUUGAAAUCUUGAGUCCACAGGAAGGAAGCCGCGUCCAGGACGGCAUGCUGUUGCUGGAGGUUGUCGUGAGAGGGUUUUGGAUCCCAGAGGACAUCAAGGGGAUCGUGCUUGAGAUCUCUGGGAACCGCCUGCACGAGGGCGUGCUGGAAGUUAGGAGGCUGCGGCAGGAGCUUAGCAUUGCAGCAGGCCUGGGUCUCCUACAGCUGCAUGUCUGGGCUGUUGACAAGAACGGACAGGAUGUGGUGGAAAUGAAGAGAACCGUCAACUUCGUGGGGUGA